CUGGCCGUAAUGGAUCCCUCCGCCUCCGCCACUCCCUUGAAAUCCUCAGGAAUCCCAAAGUUCUCCUCUAUCGCAAGACCAUCGGCUUCUAGAUUGCAUGCUCCCAACAAUGAUCACAAAACUGCAUUACCUUCUCCUUCUAAACCUUCUGCUUUGGUGAAACCGUCCCCUGCCAAAAAGGCUCUUCCGAGGCCGCCUUCAUCUGGUAAUGGCUUUCGAUCCAGUAUUUCUGGUCCCUCGACUGGCAUCCUUCCACCCAGGACUUCAUCGCAUCGUUCUACCUAUUCUAUCUCGGAAAAGCCUGCCACUGCCACUAGGAACCCUGCUUCACGUCCGGUAUCUUAUAUCGCGCAAUCUCGAAGACCUGUUUCCAGCAUCAUCACGACUGCUCAACAAGAGGAUUUGAAUGAUCAACUAGGCUCUCUUGGUGGUUUCCGCAGCGCUUCACGUGCAACUUCAAGGCAAGACGACUACGAUGAUGUAUCAGCGUUUGAUCAUGUCGACGAGCCAAAAACUCCGGGCGCAAAGAGGGCCCACCGGCUCUCAUUGUCAGAUCGGACUGUGGAAAGUCUUUCGCGGCUCCCGGAGACUCCAGGGACCGACAGGCGAAGGUCCAGUUUUUUCGCGCCACAAAGUCCUAUGGGUCCUCCAUCGCGUCCGGCUUCUGCUAUGAGCAUUGACGAAGCACGAGAAAUACCGCGUCCCAAACCUCUUGCAAAACUGCCUUCGCCAACCAAGAAGUCAUCUGCUAUGGAUCCUCCGACACGUAAAAUGCCUGCCAAGUAUUCCACUCCAAGGGCACCUUCUUCGAUUGGCAUGGCACCGUCAAGACUUGGCCGCCCUACCUCCGUAGCAGGCAAACUUGCCACAACGACGAGUACGCCAAAGUUACCCACUUCAAAGCCUCUGCAGCGAACGAGUAGUCUUCGUCAGCCUGCCAACACCUGCGACGGCUGUAAAAAUGCACCUACCAAAGAACCGCAAGUAUCUCCCGAGAAAGUAGCCAGUUCUUCCGCAGCGCUUAGAGACCAGAUUGCGAAAGCCAAAGCUGCUAAGAGGACACCAGGUCUUUUCAGAGGAAAGCAGUCGAGUAGUCAAAACGACGAUGCUACCUUUGAUCCUUUUGCGGAUCCUUUCAACACGAAACCCAAAAACUCCAAUGGCCUUCUGCGCAAGAGGAUUGAAGCAGCCCGUGGUGAUGGUCGUCUAAACAUUGCAGGAAUGAACCUCAAGAGUAUCCCGGAUGAAGUCUUGAACAUGUACGACCAACGAGAAGAUAGUAACAUGAACUGGAGCCAGAUGACGGACCUUGUCCGCUUUUUGGCAGCGGAUAAUGAUCUGGACACCAUCUCUGAUGACAUAUUCCCGGAUGUUGCUACCGAAGUGGCUAUGAAUGACGAGAAUGAAGUCAAGGGGUUGCAGUUCCGCAGUGUAGAAAUGAUUGAUCUGCAUGGAAAUAGUUUACAGACAGUUCCCGCAGGUUUCCGCUGGCUGGAGAGGUUGACAGCUUUGAAUUUGUCUCACAACAAACUGGGCAACGCCAUUUUCGACACGAUCGGCCAGCUCGAAACAUUGCGAGAACUCAGACUUGGCAACAACAACCUGUCCGGCUAUCUUCCUCAAUCAAUCGGUCACUUGCACAACCUAAAAACAUUGGAACUGCAGCACAACAAGCUCCUCAGUCUUCCGGACGGUCUGCGCGAACUUGUCAACUUGCAGGUUCUUAACGUUGCUGGAAACCAACUCACGGGUUUACCAAUGGACGUUCUAGAAACCUUACCUAUCAUUGAUCUCAAUGCCUCGAACAACGCAAUGGUGGGCGCGUUGUUCCCUUUCAGUGUAUCUGGACUUUCGAAGCUUGAGCACCUGGACAUUGCCAAUAACUCAUUGGCCUCGCUGGCCUUCUCUGAGAAUUUGUCAUUGCCGGCCAUCAAGUCGAUCAACAUGGCGAGUAACAGGAUUGUUGCAUUACCAGACAUGUCUGGCUGGAAAGAGCUAAUAUCUUUGGCUGCUGCCGACAACAAAAUGUCUUUGCUUCCGCAAGGAUUCACGAGUCUUAAAUACCUCAAACAGGCUGACUUGACCGGAAACGAACUCACCAAACUGCACGAGAACAUCGGUCUCAUGGACUCAUUGGAUGUUUUGAAGGUGGCCGCCAAUCCUCUUCGGGAACGGAAAUUGUUGAACAUGUCGACGGAAGAGCUCAAACGUAGCUUGGCCCAACGCCUAAGGACACCUAACCAAGGCGACAAGGGUGAUGACUUCGAAGAUGAGGGGAUCGAUAUCCAGUCACCUAAAGACUCUGGUUCACAAUGGGGCGUUGUCUCUGGUACUCUUGACCUUCGGGACAAAAGCCUCGUAGAUGAUGAUGCCGACGUACUCCGUUCCAUCUUCAGCACAGAAGAUGUCCGUGAGCUCAAACUGGCACGAAACAGUUUUGUCACCAUUCCUUUUGAGAUCUCUCUGGCUCAAAACCUCAAGAUUUUGGACUUGUCAAAUUGUUCCUUGGGAGACAAUUACCUAACCGAAGUCGUGACUUUGACAGCCCUCCAAGAGCUGUUCUUGGGCAGCAACAAGAUCUCAAGCUGGGAACCGCUGUUGAGUUUGCUACAUGCGCCGCGCCUUUCAUACUUGGACGUGUCCAACAACAGGCUGGUUGGUUCAGUUCCCAGAGUCCGAGACUCAUUUCCUGAGCUAAAGGUUCUGCACGCCGGAAACAACAGAAUUGAUGCUGUCUCUGACGAGGCACUGGCAGGGCUCCAGUCUGUUGACCUCGCAGACAACAACAUCGGUUACGUACCUCCUGAGAUAGGACUGUUGUGGGAUCAUGGUCUAAAGGGACUGAGUAUUGGCGGUAAUGUGUUCCGCGUACCAUCACAUCGGAUUCUCGAAAAGGGAACGGAAGCUACGAUGUUGUGGCUAAAGGACAAGAUUCCGCAGGACGAUGAAACUUUCUAG